AAGGAAGGGACGGGGAGCCAGGAGCGGCGCGGCGGCUCCAUGAGCGGCUCCUGCCGGGACAGAGAGCCCAGAGCCCAGCCGGAGCGUCUCCACCGCCGCGGGUAGAAGCCCGGGCUGAAGGACGGCGGCCAGUUUGGAAGUUUUGAUGCAUAUGAUCACAACCACCAUGAUUUUUAUGAUUCUUGGUGCUUCAGUUGUUAUGGCGAUAGCCUGUUUAAUGGACAUGAACGCACUACUGGAUCGCUUUCACAACUACAUCUUACCGCAUCUACGAGGGGAGGACCGCGUCUGUCACUGCAACUGUGGAAGGCAUCAUGUCCACUAUGUAAUCCCAUAUGACGGGGACCAUUCCUUGGUGGACUCAUCAGAGAACUACUUUGUGAGUGACAGUGUGACCAAGCAGGAGAUGGACUUGAUGCUGGGGCUGCUGCUGGGCUUCUGCAUCAGCUGGCUGCUGCUGUGGCUGGACGGAGUGCUACACUGUGCCGUCAGGGCCUGGAGGGCGAGCCGGUACUACGACACCCCGUCCUGGUCAUGGCUGCCACAGUUCUGCAACCUUCGAGACCUCCGUCGUCGAGCCCAGCUCAGACAGCUGGAAGACUCCAGCGGGAACAUGGUCCACAUCAAGCAGAAGCUCUACCACAACGGCCACCCCAGUCCCCGCCACCUUUGACUCUAAAACAGCAAAACAACAACAAAAAAACAAGACUCCCUUCCCUCAAACUCUUCCUAUCUUCUCCAAAAAAAACCUUAACCCCCUCUCAAACUGCCCCAUGGCCAACUGUUGCCUCAGAGACCCUGGAAAACUGCCCUCCCACCGUUCAUAACAAGGCCCCCUUAAGCCCCCAUGACAGGACUUUCUUAUGACUAAACCGGGCCCCUGUCAGCACUAAAAAAUCCCAAAAUGGAGCAAGAUGAUUAUUUGUUUCCACUCAAAUCUUGUCUUAUGUCCACGUCCACUGUUGUGGGAGGAGGGGAGAAAAAAAACAUUUUUAAGGGUGUUUUUUCUGUAUAGAGACAUUUUCUGUGUUCAUUGUUAAACUUGGCAUGCUCUUUUAGAACAGGGUAAGAUGUGGGCAGCGUAUGGA